UCACAUCCAAGAUGGCGACCGUAAACGCUGGGCAUAUGAUGAGCUUAGCGGCUUUACAGAGACAAGACCCGUACAUAAACAAGUUGCUCGAUGUUACUGGUCAGGUGGCCCUUUACAACUUUAACUCCAAAGCUAAUGAAUGGGAAAAGACCGAAAUUGAGGGCACCUUAUUCGUUUAUGCGAGGUCUGCCUCUCCUCACCAUGGCUUCACCAUUAUGAAUCGACUGAGCACUGAGAAUCUGGUGGAGCCAAUCAAUAAAGACCUUGAGUUCCAGCUGCAAGAUCCAUUCCUGCUUUACAGAAAUGGCAACCUGGGUAUUUACAGUAUUUGGUUCUACGAUAAGAGGGACUGUCAACGCAUCGCUCAGCUGAUGGUCAAGAUUGUUAAACAAGAAGCAGACCACGCUCAGAGAGAAUCACCUGAGCGAGUAGAGCCAGCAAGGACCAAUGGUGUCUCUGAGCCUCGACCCAUUGACAUCCUGGAGCUGCUCAGCAAAGCGAAGGAGGAAUACCAGAGAACUCAGGCAGGUGAAACAGAUGUGUCUAAUACAGCAGAUCUGACUGUGAAAGCAGCUAUUAACGCUACAGAGAUUGCACACUGUACACCACAGCCAGAAAAGAGUUCCCACACAGUCGUGAAGCAGAUCACAGUUGAGGAGCUCUUCGGCUCAUCUCUCCCUAAGGACCCGUCCCUACCUGCCAUGCCUACGCAAAACACCCCCGGUGACCCCUCUGCCGCUUACCUCCAGAACCCGCCAUAUUCUCCUGCAGCCCACCAGAACCCACUCCUUCCUCCUCAUCUGGCAGCUCAUGACCCCACAUCCACCCAGAGACACCAGGCUCCUGGUCUGCUCCCUGCACCCUACCAGCUUCACCCCAGCCCUGUGUUCCAGUCUGUGGCCCCCAGGUCAGACCCCCAGUCCCACUGCCCUAUGUCCCCACUCAUGAUGCCUCCAGCUGGUCCAGAGCCUCCCACAGCCCCGACAGCAGCUCCUGCAGCCUAUCUGGGACAGGAUAUACUCAGCUCUCUCAAACCAGCAGUGCCAUCGGUAAAUCCAGACAUCCAUAAACCCAUACUCGCACCCAACUUCCUCCCGAGCACGCUGGUCCCACCACAUAGCUUCCAGGAGCUGAUGGGGAAACCACUUCUCCAACACGGAAAGGAGAUGGAUGUUUUCUCUCAAACUCCAAACCUGGUCAAAUCAAUGACUGCAGUCUCCAUGAGUCCAGCUCUCACUGUUCCAGGAUCGGUGCUUCUGUCUCCCAGUGUUUUCCAGCAAUCCAUCAAUAAAGCCACAGCAGCAGCGUCAGGGGUCCCACCUGCCCCCACUGAGUCCUCUCCCACUUCUGUCGGAGCUGUGGAGUCUCCACAAGCCCCCUGCAGCAAAAUGCAGCUACAGGAAACUCUGAUUCACCUGAUCAAGAACGACCCAGACUUCCUCACUGCGAUUCAUGAUGCCUACCUACAGAGUCUGACCAAGGAUUUGAGUAACAUGAAGCUAUAGUUGUACUUCGAUGUUCCCUUCAGGACCAGGAUAUUUCUACGACCUGUGAAGAAACCAGAAGCUGGGAGUUAGAAAGGCAGCGAUCAAGUUUUUGACAACCAUCUGUGGUUCUUACAGCAUGUACUGCACCGUUAAACACUCAGAUCCUGAACUCGACAGUUUCUGAGUCCUCACCUUAACACUGAUGCUUCUCAUAUUAACUUGGAUCUAUGUUUUGUAUUUACAAGAAUCGCUGAUGGAGAGAAGAACGAGAUAACAGGACUUGAGGAAAAUGGCAGUGUACUGGUAUCACUCCGAAGAAUGGGGACCACCAGUCAUUUCAGCUCCAAACGAACAGUUUUGCAGCUUGUGGAAAUGACUGACUCUACUUCUGUUGUUCAUUUUUGGAGUUUCCACACUGCAGAACCACAUCUGAUGAGGACCUCAGAUGUUUUUUGUGGGCCAAUGCAGACGAACCCUUCUGGCUUUAAAAUGGUCUACUUACUCCUCCUUUUUGACUUUGUGAAACUUCUUCUUGAAGUAUUUUUGAGGCACUGAACAUUCUUUUUAAGGAGGACAUCAUUGUUUUUUGUUUUAUUUUUUUCAACAUAAGUCCAUGGAAGACAAAGAACUUCUAUAUUUCUUUUGGUGAAGCACUUGCAGCUAAGAGCUCAAACAGAGGCUCAGUUCCACUUUUUGUUGCUUUUUUAAUGCUAAGCUGUAGAUCUGCUCUUUAAGGAGGACAAACAGAUGAAUGCUCAGACUGAUUUCCUUGCUCCGUUUUAUUUUCCCAUAUUUCUUUGUCGUUUUCCUUUCGUCCAUGUCUUGAACCUCCUUUCCACCAGCUGAGCUCAGCACUUGACGUUCCUGGAUGGGAAUGUGCAAUAGAUUAUCACAGUUGCAAUGCAUUUGCCAGCAUUUUGGGAUAUUUUAGGAUGGUACAAGCAGUUUAUCCAAACUCUGGGUUCAGCAACUGAUCUUUAAUUUGAAUAUCAUGGAAAAAAACUCAAAUGUGCGCUCUUAAUGUAGGAUUCUGUCUUGUUUACAAUUAACCUUUUUUUUUUUUUUAUUGAUUUGCAUAAAAAGAAAACACAAUCUUGAGGGGAAUUGUUGUGCUUUUGACAACUUCAGGGGGAUUUGGACCAGAUAAAUGAGCUUUAACUAGUAAUCAAAAACAAUAAUAAAUACUAAAAACACCUCCCUUCCAAAUCACUUUGUAGUAAUUUGGCUGUUUUGCAGUAGAUGUGUACUGCAACACAAAACUGUUGACUCUGCAGAUAAUUUUGCAUCUGUGCAAAAAAAAAAUCCAUCUCAAUGAUGUUCUAAAAAGUCUUAAUAUGUGGCAUUUGUGCAUUUCUGAACACACAGAUUUCUUAUUAAAAUGUUUAGCAUAAAGCCGGGCAGUACGACUCAAAUGUUACCCAUCGAUAAUUAACGCGAUAAAUGUAAAAAUCAUGAUUUCUUUCUUGUUUAAAACCUGAUUUUUGGAGUGGAAGUUAAAGAAACCAAAUAAUUGUGGAUUCCUUUUUUAUGAUGAGAACAGUUAGAAAUGUGUAAUAAUUACUAUCUUAAAAUUUUAUUUUAGCGCCAAAAUAAAGUGAAGCAGCAGAAAAAAUGUGUUGUAAGGUGUAGCUGACAGUGUAAAUUAAACUUGACGAUAAAAUUUUAUUGGGAUAAUACUAUUUUGUCAUCCAGGCCUCAUUUAACCGAUGCAAGAUAUUAACACAAGCCGAAAAUGAUGUAAAAGCAUGGAAUUAAAAUGUGUCAAUUUGGUCUUAAAUAUUCUUUCUUGCAUGUUAGCUUUCAGAAUUUUUCCUGCUGCAGACCUGAGUAAAAUACUUAAAUAUUCAAUACUGAAGAGCAGAUAUAAUUUCCCUCAUCAUCAUUGAAUAUUUUGCAACAACUGGUAAUAAUACAAUGAACUACAUGGUUUUUUUUUUUGCAUAAAUCCCUUCCAUUGUUUCACCACAGUAUCAGAUUCUUCUGUAUGAAUGUAUCUGAUGGUAACGUGUCAUAUGUUCUGUACAUUUCAGGCUUCUUUUCAUCCUUGUCUUGUGUGUUUCAUGAUCACAGAUCCACAUGCUUUCGGUACCAUCGACUAAUAAUGGAGAUCUAUUGUACUUUGGCAAAAUGUAUUCUCAAAUAGGCCACAGAAGACACAAUACAGCCAGCGACUUUGUAUCUUAUUGACCUGUAAUAAUUCCUCCUCUCAGCAGUAAAAAUAAAACACCAACACUCUUUGAAUGUGUUGGCUGAAGAAACGCACACAGAAGAAGCAUUAUAACAGAGAUCGUUUUUAAUCCCAGGCAUAUUUAAGAUUUUAAGGUUGUUUUACACCUUGGUAUAAUUAUCUUAUGGGCCAGAGAAGGUUGUUUUUGGGAAUGUUUGCAAAUGAUAUUCAUUUUCUAAGGUCUUUGUCGUUGUGUGUAAGCUGGUUUAUUAUGACUAUUUUGUGAUAUUAAAGGUUUAAAAAUGGA